AAUUAGACAAAUAUGUCUAAGAAUAAAUUGAAUCUGACACUGCCACCGGUCGAUGCCUCCGAUGCAUCGCAGGCCUCAUCACCAUUCAAAACUCCAUCUGGAACAGAUUAAAUUAAAGAAAACAUAGUUUGCUGGGCAAGCCGAAGACGAGUAUCGAGGCUCUGACGGAAACUCUGGAGGAAUUGGAAAUGGACGAUACGGAACGGAAACGCAUCAAGGUCUUCCUCAGCCAAAAGGAAAAGAUCGGUGAGCUGUCGGACGACGACUUGGAGAAGCUGGGAGAACUGGGUUCCGGCAAUGGUGGUGUAGUCAUGAAAGUCCGUCACAUACCCACACAACUGAUAAUGGCCCGCAAAUUAAUACAUCUGGAGGUGAAGCCGGCAAUUAAGAAACAAAUCAUACGCGAAUUGAAAGUGUUGCAUGAAUGCAACUUCCCACACAUUGUUGGCUUCUAUGGAGCAUUCUACAGUGAUGGCGAAAUCAGUAUUUGUAUGGAGUAUAUGGAUGGUGGCUCGUUGGAUUUAAUCCUUAAAAGGGCUGGACGGAUACCCGAAUCAAUUUUGGGUAAAAUCACAUUGGCUGUGCUGAAAGGACUUAUUUAUCUACGCGAAAAGCAUGCCAUCAUGCACAGAGAUGUAAAGCCAAGUAAUAUUUUAGUCAAUAGCAGUGGUGAAAUAAAAAUCUGUGAUUUUGGCGUCUCUGGUCAAUUGAUAGACUCCAUGGCUAAUUCAUUUGUGGGCACAAGGAGUUAUAUGUCGCCUGAACGCUUACAAGGUACCCAUUAUUCGGUACAGUCGGAUAUCUGGUCAUUAGGUUUGUCAUUGGUUGAAAUGGCGAUAGGCAUGUAUCCCAUACCACCGCCAGAUGCCAAAACUAUUGAGGCUAUAUUCUCCUCCAAAAACGAGGAUGGCACACAGACUGUGGUAGAGCCCAAAGUCAUGGCGAUAUUUGAAUUACUGGAUUACAUUGUCAAUGAACCCCCACCCAAAUUGGAGCACAAAGAUUUUAGUGAUGAAUUUAAAGAAUUUGUAGAUAUUUGUCUUAAGAAAAAUCCCGAAGAAAGAGCAGAUCUGAAGACCCUACAGCAUCAUCCCUGGAUACGUAAAGCCGAAGUGGAAGAAGUGGAUAUUGCCGGUUGGGUAUGCAAGACCAUGGAUCUGCCACCCUCGACACCGAAACGCAACACUUCACCAAAUCAAUAAAUAUUUAUUUAACCACGCCCCUUCUCCUACUGAUAGUAAUCAAAACAUUUACUACUAGACUUCUUGUCUGAACAACCGAACACCAGCCAUUAACAAACAAAAAAAAUAUGAAACUUAUUUAAAUG